AUGGUGGAGAAGCGCAAGCUGCCCGCACGCGAUCGUCGUGAGUCCGCGGCGAAGAGACGAGCCUCCGAAGCUACUCCGCAGCCUCCAGCUUCUUCAAAGAAAAAGGCGUCGACGCCUAUUACGCUACCUCCUCCCACGCCGGAACCGGUGCCAGAACCUCUGCCAACAAAGAUAAAGGAUGGAGAAGCUCUUCCGACGGUGUCCAAGGCGCAGGAGCUGUCCAAGCUCUCCGCGAGGGAGUAUCAGUCGAUCGCAGAAAGUGCGGUUCUUCUGGUCUCACUAGAGCGUUCUAAGAAGAAAUGGCUGAGCGACGGCAUAUUCGAACGAUACUGGACGAAGCCCAAAAAGACCAAGAGAGAGCAGAUCGAAGGAAAGAAUCCGCCAAAGGAGUCGAUGACCAAGGUCGGGCCUUGCAGCAUAGUCAUCGAACCCCAUCACUUCGAUGGUAUGCUGUAUACCGUCAAGGACCCGAAUGCGCAGCCGCCCAUUCAAUACGCACCUCCGCAACGGCCGAUGGUUCAUUAUGGCCAUCCAAACGGGUUCCACCAGUAUCAGCCGUACCCAUCACAGAACCAGAUGCGCCAGCCUGCUUCAUAUAAUCAUCAUCCUCCACCACCUCCUGCUCAGAAUGUCUACAAUCAGAGAAACAACCCUCCACCGCAUAGAGCUUCGCAACCUCCCCCAGUUCAGCAACGACCACCGCCUCCGCAGCCUCCUCCCCAACCCCCCAAAUCCAGUCCAGACCCGGUUAUCCAGAUGUUGGCUACGAGGGCUGCUUCGAACCCGGAGCUAAAAGCGCUCAUGCGGGUUGUUGCGUCCAGCAAGGCAUCUCAGGAACAACUGCGAACUUUCCAGGCCCACAUAGACGAGCUUAAUGCGAUUAUAAGGGCCAGAGAGCAGCAGCAACAAGCGCAGCUUCAAAGACAGCAGCAGCAGCAGCAUAACCAAGGUAUCCAGGCUAAUCGUUCUCCGGCUUAUGGACAUGGCCAGGCUCAGAGCCAAAGCCCAAGGCCGACACCGACACCUCAGGGACAAACUUCCCAAGGGCCUCCCCAAAGACCUCAGGGUUAUCAAGGACCUCCUACUCAACCACACACUCCUCAGACCCCAAAUCCUACGCAACAGGCUCCUCAAGGACCUGCUAGUGCCUCUCAGGGAAGGCCUCAGAGUGCGCAAGGUGCUCAGCAAACUUCCCAGGGUCCUUCUCCAAUGCCCCAAGGACCUGCUCAGCCUCAGCAGAUCGCUCAGACUCCUCAAGGUCCUGCCCCGGCCACACUGAGCCCUGCGCAGACCCCCCAGCCAAAUAACGACAGUUCAUCGAGACCCGCGCAGAGUUCUCAGGGUACCGCCCAGCCUGUCCAGAGCACGUCUCAGUCUCCCCAGGGCCCUUCUCAGACUUCAACAGGUGUCCCGUCAAACCCUAAACCAAUGUCCCAAGGUGCUCCUCAGAUAAAACAAGAACCAGGGAUGUCUGCGCCAGCAGUGCCUUCACCGGCUGAGCCUCGUCCAGCAGUGCCUGCUCCUAGUGCAAAUCCCGGUCCCCCGGUCACAGCAGCUGCGAGUUCUAACCCUGGGCAGCCGAGUUCUGCGAUACGGCCUCUAGCAGCUCCCGCCCAUCCAACACAAACUGCUCCUAGUCAACCUCAUUCCCAAUAUCCGCCUACUUACCCCCCUACAUAUCAAACUCCUCAGGCCCCUAUCAGAUCACGUCCCCCACCGUACGGCUCGUCGCCUGGAUACUAUCAUCAACCAGCACCACCUCCUCCACCGCCUCCGAAGCCGAAUAUCAAAUCCGUCGUCUUUGAGUUUACAUCUCCACUGACACCAUAUGGCAGCAGCACUUCAGGUCACGCAGGUUCGGGUGACCGGUAUCUGUUUCCUGAAUAUACUAUCCUGGAAUUCUUUCCUGGCGGAAAUGCCGUUCUCGCUUCUUUUCUCAUUGUGCGCAAGGUUGACCCGAAUGCCCCGUUUCCUAUAGAAACAGCAUCGGACGUUGGCAAUAGACGGGGUAAAAAUGCAAAAUCUAAAAAAGCGGACAAAAAUAAAGAUAAAGCGGGUGCUGCAGCACCAACUGCAAAUGGGGGCACUCCAUCUGCUACACCCGCACCGGGUCAAGAAACGCCUAAAGGAACCGACUCCAACGAGCAAAAAGGGCCAGCCACCUCAUCCACAGUGGAAACAACGACAUCUACGGAUGCUGGUGACAAAUCAAAAACUGAAGGCACAGACAAAGAAAAGACGAAGGACGAGAAACCGAAGCUGAAAGAGUAUUACCAGCCGGUUACAAUGCGCAUCUACAGCUCCAACCCUCGUGUCUUGGAACCACUGGCUCGCGUGGUCAAACCUCCCGACGAGGUCCGCAAGUACAUGGAGGAUGUUAUGGACCGUGCGGAACGCGCCCCGGAGGGAUUCCUUGCCUUACGCCUUCCGCGAGAAGAAGAAGCGGAAGAGACGGAGCCAAAGGAAAAUGACAAGGACAAAGCGGCUGCUGGUGCUAUCAAAACUGCUGCGCGCAAUCGCACCAAAGGCCAUGCAACAGACGAUGAUUCUGGCGUGGAGAUUACACGCACCGACGAAGACGAGGAAGAAGAAGAGUUGAGAGAUUUCUACGAUGCGCCUAGCGGACUCGUUCCGUUAGGAGUGGCAUAA